CGGAUGCACGUGCUGAAAAUUUCGUGCACUUCACCAACACUUGCAUGUCAUUACAGAUGACCUUUUCGUUCGUGGUGGGAUUUAAAUAUUCCAGUGUCAGAAUAUAAACUCUAAUGGACGAUUCCUGCUUUUAAAAGACAAGAGGGCUCUUAUAUUGUAUUUGGUAUACCUAACAGGUUUGUUUGUAGUCUAUGAAUGGCGAAAACUAACGUUUUUAAGCAUAUUUAUGUGUUGGCCCACCGGCGUGGUCGACGGUGACCAGCAUAAGGAUUCAAUUUUAAGAUAUGCAAAUAUGAAACAAAAAUUCAACUGCAUGCAAGAGAGUUUUAUAUUGUAUUCACACAUUUCAUCAUGAAAUGAAUCAUUUUAUAGGGAAAGAUAACGGACAUAUAUUUUAUUUACGAAGAUCUCUGUUACUUACACUAAAAAGUGGAUUUGGAUGCGCCAUGCGGUGAUGCCUGAAGUUUGUCCUUGUUUUGACACAAAAUCCGGUCGACGUUGCCAGUCGGUGUUGAUAUAUGAACUAGCAUUAGGCAUAUCUAUGUAAGACCGUUUAUAUGUACAAAAUGGCAGUCCAGCCAGUCAAAUACGAAGAAGUUGGUGAAAUCGGCACAGGGGCUUAUGGCACUGUUUACAAAGCCAGAGAUUUGUUAAACAACAAUCGCUAUGUAGCCUUGAAAAGAGUACGGAUUACAAACACGACCGAAGAGGGACUACCAGUGUCAACCUUGCGUGAAAUAGCCUUGUUGAAACAAGUUAACAAAAUCGGACAUAAAAAUAUUGUCAGGUAAGGUGUGUUUCGGGCAAGUUAUUCCAAAUUCAUGCUGUGUACAUGGAUUAUGGAAUCAAUGCCGCGUAUCCUUAAAAUACCUUUUAUUAAUUAAAAAUCUCAAACACCUUUAGUGUUUGUAAAACAUUGUAAAAUAUUAAAUUUGCUAACUACUGUGCAGGUACUAUAACUUCUGGGGAUUGGGGAUUUUUGUAACUUUUUAACAAUUUUUUUGAAUUUUUUAACAUUUUUUGUUUAUUGUAAUCUCCUGUGUGCAUGGAGAUGGAAAUUUGAUCGUUUUCAAUGCAUUUUAUGCUGUCAUUAAACUCAAUAAUCCAGUUAAUUAUUUUGCCUCAUCAAAAAAUCAGUUCAUCCUCCCACACAUGUGUGAUUUCAACACAAAAAGACACAUUUCAACACAUUUCAAAAGUAUGUUUGUAUCUGUUUUCUUUAUUCAUGCACAUUUAAUAAAAGGUGGUAAAAGUAAAUUUCACUCGGUGGCAUUCCUUCAACCACCUUUUGAGUGGGAGUGAGGGAUGCAACCUGUUUUGUUGGUAACAUUUAUACAGGCCACAUGCAUAUAUCCCUGACAUUGAAUUUGAUGAUAUAGUUGUCAUUCACCAUGAAGGCACAGGUUAUUCUGAGGUGAUCACCUUUGAAGGUAGUGAAGCCACCAUGCCACCUGUGACUUCUUGAGCAGGCAAGAGGUUUUGGCAGGCCAGAACCAAAUAUAAAUUAUUCAUCAGUGCUAGCCCAGUUGUAAGCUUCCCUACAGAAUCGUUAAGUAUAAUUCUUACAUUUGGGCUACUUUCCAAGCACGAUAAUGACGACAGGUCAGUACAUGCUCCCCUGCUACUUGUCAGUGAUCAUGUUCCACAGUUUAAAUAUUGAGGACCGUCUCCCACUUCCCCGCAAGCCUCUGCUAUGUACUUUAAUAAAACGAAGAACUAUAUUAGAAUAUUCUAAAGUACCUUCAAUGCAAAACAUGAAUGUAUUUAUAUUGCACUAGUGGUUCACCACCAACUGAAUACAGUAAUUAUUACAACUAGAUGUUUCAUAGGAAGUUCUUGAGGGAUAUAGAUAUCAAUAUAAUCCCUCCUUCUCAAGUGAAUAUGGUUGAUAGAAAUUUGAAUAAAAAAAGCGAUUACAUUUUUUUUGUCUUUCAUUUCGGCUAGAAAGUAAAGAGAAAUGAUAUAAGACUUGUAUUUCUGCAGAAUUUCACUCAUAAUCAUGAUUUCUAUUUCUUGUGCAGCACAUAUUGACAGCUGUCAGCUGUGUGAAUUUGCUAUCAUGCUGGGUUUCUUGCAUCUGCCAUGGAAUGGUUGACUGCACCAAAUGUCUAGAAUUCAUUUUCAUAAUAAUUGCCUUCCUGUUUUUCGACUAUUAAUGUUUUGUUGUUUCCGACCUUGUGAAGAAUUACCUUUCAAGCUCAGGUGGUUGCUUUUUAUUUGAAAAUAUGUAACAAAAUGAACUACAAUGUACAUUCAUACUGUCUGCAGUUAUCCAUUGAGUAAUAUCAUUUAAAUGUUAUAUUUAUAGCUUAGUUGUUCUUCUAAAAAAUAGUUGCCUUUGAAUUAUCUGCAUGAUACCAAAGUUUUAAGUGAGCAUUUUGGGAGCUCCUUAGUUAAGAAUGUUCAUACAGAUUUUGCUAGGGGCACCUUUAAUCAUGCUAUGUACAUUAGGUAAAUUAUUUUGUUACUGGUAUUCAAGCAUGCAUGACAUUUCAGAGACAAUGAUGCCAGUGUCGCUGAACCUGCAUGCCAUUUACCUGGCUGACGGAUUCUCAUCUAUUAGUAGGCCUACUACGUGCAUAUUGUGAUUGUUAAGAAAAGUGCCCAUUUCAGAAAACCAAAUGUAAAUCUGAAGUACUACACUAUUCAUAAAACUGUUGCUGCAGUGUUUAAAAUUGUUUUGCAAAAUAUUUUGUUCAAAAAUGCAUUGUUCAUGAUUUGUGAAAAGAUCUUCUGUAAAUCCGUGAUAAGCCCUUCAGGAAAUGAAAUAAUUUGAUUGAAUAGUUGCAGUAUUUCAAAUGCAAAAUCGAGAGAUUUAGUGACUUUGAUGAAUCAUUGGUACCUACGUUUCAUUUCUGUUGAAGUUUUAGAUUUGCUGUGAAAGUCAUUGAUAUUACUAUUAGGGAAAAAUUAACUGUUUUUAUCUAGUAUUGUUAGUCAAAUCUGCUAGCAGUGACAGCAAUAUUCACCGUCAUUUUUGCUGCUUUAUUCCCUUAAUCCUUAUAUUAGAAAUAAUAGAAAAAAGAAAACGCCACUUUCGAGAUCGGUGCGAUCUAGUUAACAAGAUUAAAUACUACAUCAGACUACGUCUAACAUGGUAUCAGGUAGUUUGAGAAGAUAGACCUGACCGUCCUUAUCGUUUAUUGCACUGUUACUUCAAUGUCGGACCUGGUUUUCAUUUCGGUAAUAUAAUAUAUCCUGCUACAACAGACCGGCAUGAAAUAAACGGAAAGGUGUAUUGGAGUAUUGACUCGGCAAAACAGAUUCUUAUCAUGCAGUUAUGAAAAUUGUCAAAGCCGUGCCGAAGAUACAGUUACAGAGAAUUUCUAGAUAACAUACAGCUCACAAUAGCUUAUCUCGGCGCUGCUCCCUUCCCUGAUUUCAGUUCGACCAGUAAAACCGCCGGGCCUCAAGAGAACAUAUCUUUAUAUACAAACGCACUCUGCCAACUCGUGCAGGAUUGAGUAUUUGUUCUCGUGAAAUGUGAAACGACAGAUUUUUGUGUCGUGAAAUAAUAUCUAAAUAUCUCAGUGGACGUAGUGGCCGGAGCCAUGAUUGUGGGCGGUAAUUUUUGUUCGGCAAACGAGAAUUUAUUUGAGGCCAGUAGAACAAAGUCUGGACGAGUAGUGUCUAUGCAUGUGUUUUCUUGAUGUUUACUAGAUGUAUUGACUAUUGGUUGGUUUUUGACUGAAAGUCUUUCAAUGUUGAACUUUUAGUUCUUGUAGUACUGCAGUAGUGACCAGUAGUGGUGAAAUUAGUUUCGAAAACGUAAAAACAGGUUAACCUGUGUCCUAUUAAGAAAGGCAUUAAAUACUCGAGUAGAAAAUAAAAUUAACACAGUCAAAAACGUAUUGUUUAUUAAUUUUCGCGAAAUGGUUAUAAUUUUUUUUACUAAAAUAUGAAACGUUUUCUUCCCGUGAAACGUGACUCAUGUACUCGCAUCUGUACAUCUGUGACUCGUGAGUAGAUCUGUGACAUGUACUCGCAUCUGUACAUCUGUGACUCGUGAGUAGAUCUGUGACAUGUAUACUGCAUCCAUCAGCAGAAGAAAAUCGCACUAGAAAUCGCAGCAAAAUUGCAAGUUUGUACGGGCCUUAAUGAAUCCGUCUUUUCGAUCUUCACAAGCGUCAUUCUCAGCAGCAUUAAAAGUGAGAAAUAAAAUUAAAUAAGCGGAUUGGUUGUGAGAAUAAAGCACAUACUUCCAUAUUCUCUAACCGGGGUAGGGAGGGGAGGGGAGGGGGGGUGGCUGAAGAGCUUGGACCCUCCUCCAGUUUAUAUGUUGAUAAAUGACCUGAACAAAGAUCAAUCACUAACCGAGACUCUUCUGCAUAAUUCCUGCAUGACAUUUGCAACACAUUAUUUCAACUCAUUGCCAUUUAGAGGCUGGUGACGUUCAUAGAUAGAUAGAUUGAAAAUGGUAUUACAAUGCACGAUUUAUUCUACCUGGAAGAGUCUAAAACAUCCAGUAAGAAAUUAACAGAAUCAAGUCUUUGCUAGCACGAAAAAUAUAUCCCGUUAAUUUCCCGCAGGAUUUUUGCUUGCCUGCUAGCCUGCCACAUCUGAAGUAAAACUGGCCCGGCAAGGCGAGCUAACCCGGUUUGUUGGGCCAGCCCUUGUAUUACGAAGUACAUUGGUGUGAAUUACCUUGGUCCUAAUUUACAUAUUUAGUCAGUAUAUUUUGUGCAAAUUUCUCCAGCCUUCUGGAUGUGUUCCAUACUCCUCACAAUGCAUUACAAAAAGAGAUUUGGUUGACAUUGGUGUUUGAACAUGUUGAACAAGAUCUCACAACUUACCUUGAGAAUUGUCCUCCACCAGGACUCAGUGCGUGGACGAUCAAGGUAUGUUAUGUAGGACGAUCUUGUGACAUUUUACCCUACUAAAAAUGGAACAAAAAAUGAAACAGAUUCCGUAGAAAAAUGCCAUCUUAAGAAUUUAGUAUACGACACUCGAAAUUAUACUCUAACAUUUGAGGUCGCCAGUACAGUUAUAUGAUUUUACUAUUGGCUCUUUUCCACUCAUCGCAAUGAAAAACGCUGCAAGUGUUGCAUUUAAUUAAAACUAUUGAGCAUUGUGAUUGAAUGAAAACACUCUCAGCGAACUUGCGAGUUGAUUCGCGCGAUGAAUGUAGAAGAGGCUAAAGACCUACCCUUUGAUUGAAAGUUUUGAGGAUUUUUGAAUAAAUGGCGAGUUAGAAAAAAUGGGCGAACAAAAAAAGGGCGAGAAAAAACGGGCGAACGAAAAAUGGGCAAGGAAAAAAUCCUCAAAAUCUUCAAUAAAAUAAAGAGACUCCUACGCUGGCUACUAAAGACCCGACGUCGCGCCAAGGAGAAUGUAGUAAUAAUAUUCGUAUAGCCUGGUUUCCAUAUGGUCUUAAUGAUCGUAAAAAUAGAGUCACGAUCGUUCUCAACGGCCAGUUUAUAAUAGUUCAUACCUGUAAACCACAUAUAAAUCAUAUGUAUUCUCUAGUUAUAAUCACUCCGCGUAUUUUCAGUUCUAAAAUGUUGUAUUUCGGCUGAUGAGAAAGAUCAUGACUCAAUCUUUACGACCGUUACAACCAUAUGGAAACCAGACUUAUUUAGCUUGGCCUAACAAUCGUGGGGUGCAGUGUAGGCAGUUAUUUACAAUAACUUGCCGUGGUUUGUGUCUGAAUAACCCGAAAAAGAUUAAAAAUCGUCGUUAUUUUCAUGGAAAGCCUUUCGUCGGAAUAUUUGUAAUAAAUCUUUCACGAUGGGUCCGAAGCGUUUUUCAAUCUUUUUCAACUGAUUUUCUUUAAUGAUUUAUUAGAGUAUCAUGCAUCAGAUGUUAGACGGAAUUGAUUUUCUACAUACGCAUCGCGUUGUGCAUCGCGAUUUGAAACCCCAGAAUAUCCUCAUAACCAAUGAUGGCAGAGUGAAAGUUGCUGAUUUUGGUCUUGCUAGAAUAUAUGGCUUCUCGAUGCUUCUAACUUCUGUUGUAAGUACAUUGGUUGCUAUUAUGAUCAGGUUCCUAACUCUGUGAUGCGGGUCGCAAUAUUUGUCCGAUAUGUUCAAUUAUAGUGGUCGGUCACGUUGCGUUCUUUAGAUUAGUGGUGCUUGCAUGGGCGUCCAGUGGGGUGGAGGGCAAAAAGGGCAAUGUGACUGAGCCUCCAUCACAAUGGUGGGGUGCAAUAAAAAUGAAAUAUGCAUAGUCAUAGAUAUAACUGUCAACUUAAUGUUUCCCCCGGACACCAGUCACAACCACCCACCUAUCCCCUCCUCCAACAUACUUAGUCUUUCUUAUGCGAUGGAAAUCACAAGGAUUCACACUGCAACCAUUUGCACACUGCAACUGCGAGUUGAUGCCAUUUUGCGCAUACCAGGGCAUCGUUAUUCAGCAUUAUUUAUUUAAAAAAUUCCUGGUUUCUGAUUGGCUAACAGCCAACUGUGAAAUUGUCAUAUCUACUCAAUGGCUAACCAAAUACGGAUUUUUCACAUUCAUAUUAGCAAAAUGACGUCAGAGUCAAUAUGAAAAAAAUUUGGACGCGUUUGCGCCAUAUUACUAUGACGACGAGAAUCAUAUUGACUCGCUGACGCCAUUGAUAUGACGCAACGACGGCUGCCGAAGGACUAAGGAAUUGUUUUUUUCUUAAUACAAAUAAAAUACAAAUGUUUGUUUUGAAUUUUUUAAAUAAAUAAUAAAACAAUUAUUGAAUUCGGUUUUCGCACAAUAUGAAGAAUUAUCAAGCCCUCAGUUUGCCGUUAUCAACCUCAUGCAGCCUUUGGCUUCGGUUGAUAACGGCAAACUUCGGGCUUGAUAAUUCUUCAUAUCGUGCUCAACCUCAUUCAAUAAUUGUUAAUUAUUGCCAUCACGUCAAAUCAGAUGUUAUUAAAAAAACUGAUGUUUUCUUGCAGGUUGUAACGUUGUGGUAUCGUUCACCGGAAGUCCUCCUACGCUCAGAGUAUGCGACUCCUGUGGACAUGUGGAGUAUAGGGUGUAUCUUUGCUGAACUGUUUAACCGUAGACCUUUGUUUGAAGGCAAGAACGAGUGCAAUCAACUUCAUAAAAUAUUCUGGUAAGAAAUCUAUUUUGUAAUAAUUAAUAUUUCAAGGCAAUGCAAUAUAAUGUAAUGUAAUGUAAGAAUCUAUAAGACUAUAUUCACCGACAAGAUAUCUUACUCUUAAUAGUACGGACUGUACGGUGGACUAAACCACACUACCACGUCUCCUUAUACGUUUUAGGAUUAUUGGCUCUCCUCCUGAAGAUGAUUGGCCAGAUUAUUGUUCACUUCCUUGGGGUCAGUUCAUGGGAUAUAUUCAUGUUCCUUUGAAAAGACUCAUACCUGAGUUGUGUGACGAGGGAGAAGAUUUACUCAAGGUAUAAAAACGUUCACAUUAUUUGGGGGUGUCCACCCCCUCGCCCCUCUCCCAGUGUAUGCCACUGGUAAACUCCCCAUAUGCCUGAAGAUGUAAGUGCCAGAAGAUGUAAGUGCCAGAAUUCUACCGUAAUGUAAAUGCUUUAAUUAAAGGAUAAUUAGAAUGGCUCUUUAAAAUCAUAAUUCUUAUUUUAUUGGUAAGUUUCACUGAGCAGAAAAUAAUUUCAUUUAUUUUCAUUAUGUGGAGUGGUCUUGUACUUAGUGACCAAUCAGUGUCAAUAUUUCUAAAGUUGACCAGCAUUUGCGGCCCGGUAACGCUUGCUCUAAAUUCUCAAAGUCUGGCAAGUUAGCUUUAAUUGCAUGUUUGUAACUUAUUCAUACUUAUUCAUACAUUUUAAAUUUUGAACAGAAAUUAAUCAAGUAUAACCCACAUGACAGAAUCGAUGCUCGGUCAGCCUUAAACCACCCGUACUUCAAAGACUUUGUAGAGGAAAGCGAGGACAAGGAGAACUGCAGUGCAGAGAAUGUUCCAUCAGGCUAUCACGUGAAAGAAGCAAGUAAUGAUAUGAAUGCACUAAAGGAUUGUACAAACGAUGAAAAUGCCAGAAGAUUACGAGUUUCAAACGAACCUGGAUGUAAUGGCGAUCCAAAACAUCCGUAGUCGACAAGUCUUAGCAAGAUCGAUACAGCAGUAUUUUACAUGACGCAGACAAACAUGCUUCUUACAAGCUUUAAUAUAUAUUUUAACUAAUAGUAAGAUAAGCCAGUAAAACCAAGAGAGGUCCGGUAUGUACAUACCCAGAUGUAAACCUAAGUAGCAUAUGGUGGGCUAUGUAUAUUUGUGGGCUUUUUACUUUUUAAUGUUCCAACUAUCAGACACCUGAAUAUCUGGUGCAAGCCUAACGCAAUGACCUUUGAAUAACAUUUAUAACAAUAGUUUCGAUUCAGUGAAAUCAUUUCAUUGUUUUAGAAAUGCACUCGUGCCCUUAUGUCAUCCAGUCACCAAUGACUGUUUUGACAGAAAUUAACAUUCUUUCAUCUGCUAGCGUUCGUCAGUAACAAAAAAUUUGCAUUUUUGUUUUCGAGAGCUAGUGAUUCAAACGGGUAGGAAUAGGCUCAUAUUACUGGUCAAUGACGACAGUAGUUGUGCCUUGUAUAUUUAAAACGUUAACUUAUCAAAAUAUAAUACUACUAGCUUACAAAAUAGGAUUUUGUUGAAAAAUUUCAAUUUAGAGUUCAAUAUUUAGAGUUCAAUAUUUUUAUUAGUUCAAUGGCCAACUCCUGGAGAACUCUCCUUCACGUGUAUUUAUAAAGUUUGAACACAUAGACUAUAUAGAAGUGACAUUGUGUACACGCAUAUUCGCGUUUAAGAACAUUAGGUUAAAUUUAUCUCAAUGCUCUAUAUUUCAUUUCGUCAUUCGUCGAAAAUAUAGAACAGUGCAUUCGGGGACGUUAACAGCCAAAGAAUGGGAACUAUUUUCUGUUUAUGGGAUGUGAAAGUAAUUCAUAGGGAAAAUUUUACACAACCAACUCAUUUUAAGCCCUUCUCAAACGAGGAUAUAGUUAAGAGAGUUCACAAAGCAACAAAGAGUCUCCAGUUUAAGAAUGGUGAAUCAUACAGUGUUCAGUGUGCAAAAACUGCAUGAAAGUUUACCGUUUUUAUUUCAUUUUCUACGACUUCUAAUCUCUCCAUCAUGAUUACGUACACAUCUCGUACAGUUUACUGUAACUCUCGCUAACCUGGUCAAACGAAUCAAAGCCAAAGGUUGCUCUUACGAUCAAAAUUUCAAAGGUACAAUCAAAGACACAAGAGUUACGUGUUGAGCUGCAACUUUCUUGUUUGAUCGGGGGCAUUAGAGUUUGAGAUAAAACGAUGUAUAUGUUUUGAUAACAUGCAGUGUUUACUGUAUUCACAGUAAGGAAGGUAAUCUUCCAUUUACCCUUUUGCAUCAAAAGUAAAAAUAAAUAAAAACAAGCAACUAACUUAAUAUAACCUGUAAUAGUUACCAAAAACAAGCCGCAUGUAUAGGCAAUGCUAUAUAUACCAAUUUUUGUACUUUUAUAAAUGUAUUCGUUUUAAUAAAGUAUUUUUACACCGUGUGAACUAUUGUACUGUACUGUAAAAGCUUGUUCAUUAUUAAAUUAAAUGUGAAAGAUUCGCUGUAUGAACUCCUGGUUCCCGUUUGCAAUAAAAACACGGAAGAGGGACCUUCUGUUCUUGAAAAUGGGCGAAGGAGGCGACUGCAGAUGUAGUUAGUUACUGUAAAGCGAUAUAUGGCAACAAAAUUUAGCCAGUUUUCCUGACCUUCGAAUGGCGCUAUCUUGGAUUAUUGCGGAUAUGCAUAUUACGUCACAAGCAGGGCCACGCAGAUAUUUUACCCAGAUUUCCAAUGGUCAUUAUAUAUUCAAAGUCUAUUCUCGUUCGUGAUUGGUCAAAUCGCGUCGGAUAAUUCUUGGGAUCUUGAAGCCGUCGCGUUAUUUCAGCUGCUGACGCCAUGCUGAUGCAUGGCGUCACCGAAGUUCGGUCCAAAAAAGUAUUAUUGCACGCUGUGGUUACCAAGCCCCGGUGCGUUCCAUUGUUUGCUAAAAAGCGCGCGAAAAUUCAAUAUUUUUGCUCGCUUUAUUUCUUUCUUUCUAGCUUUUGAAUACAUAAUAAAACAAUUUUUUCUGUGUUGGUGUUGUGUACUCAGGUGAAUAUGAUGUUUGUGAUGUUACUCUGAGUGUAUAUCCACACCGGGGGAGCUUGAAAAAUAUGCCCGGCCACGGUGGGAAUCGAACCUACAGAAUCUAGUUCCUUCGAUACCAAUGUAAUCUAGUAAUAUGAUUUUUUCUGUGUUGGUGUUGUGUAAUCAUAUUCACCUGAGUACACAACACCAACACAGAAAAAUCAUAUUACUAGAUUACAUUGGUAUCGAAGGAACUAGAUUCUGUUCCGAAAUAUUACUUACUAGAACCGACCUGACCGCGUAGCUCAGUUGGCAGAGCAUUGGGCUAGUAUUCCAAAGGUCGUAGGUUCCAUUCCCACCGUGGCCGGGCAUACUCUCAAGCUCGCCCGGUGUGGAUAUACACUCAGAGUAACAUCACAAACAUCAUAUAAUAAAACAAGUAUUGAAUUCAGUUUUCAUAUGAUAUUUCGUCACCAUUUUAAAUAUUCAUUUGCUAACCUGUAAACAAUUUGAGGAAGUUUUUUCAUCGAGUAUUUAAUCCUGUAAAGGCUAUAAAAAGCGAACAACUUGUCGUUUUCUCGUUUACAAAACGUCGGAAAUUCA